GUUCUUCUGUUUUCAACCCACUUUCAAAAUUUUAGCUUAAAACGUCAGAAGAAAAUUCUAGCAAAAAACCAGCGGUUUAUUGGAAGGGAAAGAAAACUAGAAAUUUUCGUGAAAAAUUCCACGUACAAGCUCAAAAACUGAUAUAUUUAAAUAACAGAGCAAGGGCGAACAAACAAUGGUAGACUACAGCAAAUGGAAGAAUAUUGAAAUUUCAGAUGACGAGGAUGACACACAUCCCAACAUCGACACUCCUUCGCUGUUCCGUUGGCGUCAUCAGGCUCGCGUCGAACGCAUGGCCGAGAUGGAGCGUGAAAAGGAGGAAUUCAAGAAGAAAAAGCAGUCUUGCCAGGCGCGUUUGAUGGAUGUAAAAGAACGCAUACAAAAGAAAAAAGGUGAUGAGACGGAGCUUAAGAAAGAGUUGGAGAAAAUUCAAAAGGAAGGCAAAGAACUCGACCGGCUAGAAGAGGAGCUUAUCCAAAAGGAGAAAAAAGCUCCUUGGAAUGUGGAUACAAUCAGCAAACCUGGCUUCGAAAAAACUGUCUUAAAUAAACAAGCUGUGCGAAAAUCAGACGAGAAUCUCACAGAAGAAGAAAAAGAAGCACGAAUGAAGAAAUUUGUUAAAGAAAAUGAAAAGUUAUGCAAACAGUAUGGUAUGCUACGUAAAUACGACGAUUCCAAACGCUUCCUUCAACAACAUUUGGAUCUUGUAUGUGAGGAAACCGCAAAUUACUUGGUCAUUUGGUCCAUUAAUUUGGAAAUGGAAGAAAAACACGACCUAAUGGCACAUGUUGCGCAUCAGUGCAUCUGUAUGCAAUACAUAUUAGAACUGGCAAAGCAAUUGGAAAUUGACCCUCGUGCCUGUGUUAGUUCGUUCUUCUCGAAAAUCCAAAACUGCGUCCCCGAGUACAGAGAACAGUUCGAAAAUGAAAUUGAAGGUUUCAAGGGCCGCAUAAGGAAACGAGCGCAGGAGAAGAUUCAGGAAGCAUUAGUUNUAGCAGAGGAAGAAGAGAGGAAGGCGCGACUCGGACCUGGUGGACUGGAUCCAGCCGAGGUGUUUGAGACGCUGCCAGAGAGCCUGCAAAAAUGCUUUGAAUCGCGCGACAUAGAGCUGUUGCAAAAAGCCAUUGCCGAAUUGCCAGUCGAGGAAGCCAAAUAUCAUAUGAAGCGUUGUGUCGACUCCGGUCUGUGGGUGCCAAAUGCAGCAGAUGCCGAAAAUGGUGCCACAGAAGAAAAGGAUGUCGAAGCCGACGUCGAAAAUGCAGAUAAUGGUAAAUUUAAGAGUGAUGCUGGUGGUGGCAAGUUGGAUAAAACGGCUGAAGAACCAGUAUACACAGGAGUUAAUAGCGAUGAUUUGGAUUGAUUGUACGUUGAUAAGGGAAAAUAAAAUGGCACCAGUUGUUUCGCCUUGAGUGGCAGCGAAUGGAAGAUAUUAAUAAAAAAAAACAAUAUAAAUUAGUAGCACUUGCAGGCGAAAAACUGUUGCAGUAAAAUUGCUGAUACCACACACACGCAUACAUACCUGUAAUGUUUUUCAAAGUGGUUUUCCUGAAAGUAAAGAAAUACAUAAAAAUGUUUUGUUGUUAAAUUAAAGAAAGGCAGAGAAAAACAAAAGUGCAUUAGCUAUGUAUUUUUAUGCUGUGUCAUCAUAGCAUA